GUCAGGGUAACAUCAAGCACACUACGAAAUAAGAAGAACGCACCAAUUCAUCAAUUAAGACUUCAUGAUUUACUUUUUUUUACUCCAAAAAUUCAUUUACCGAGAUGUGUCCUCUUUGUGACGCAAACAUCGCUUUGCCUCAUACAUUUGAUCAGAAAUAUAUUUUUUCUAUAGCGACUAACUUGUGAAGAGCGAGAUCGUUGCGGUGGUUCUUUAUGAACAGCUGAAGACAAUUUUCACUUACAUUUGUGAGCCUGUGUCUCAUACCAGCAGCAGGCUGCGUCUGCUUAUUAGAUAGAAUCAUUAGAAUUUACGGACCAGCAGAACAUGCAGAGCUUCAUCAAGAGAGAUUGCUGGAGUUAUUUUCCAGGGCAAUCGCGACGACACGCUUUUCUGCUGGUCGUUUGGGCGACUCUAAGUAGUACGUUCGGCUAUGGUGCGCAACAGCAGCAACAGCCUCAACUGGAGGAUGAUCUUCGGACACCGCCCCCGGGCAGUCCACGCCGGCACGUGGACGACGACGACCCGGUCUUUCAGUUUCAAACGCCCUCGCCCGCCCGCCCGCAGGAUUGGGGCGUGCAGCCAGUGGUAGUAUUCAUGCCCGUGCUCGGGGAGAGACCGGCCCGCACGGUGCUUCACAACGGCACGGCGUACGUUCAGCCGCGUGCUAUCGAGAUCGUUGGGUAUCAACGGAACAUGCACUACGAGAUAGUACCACCUCUAGGCUUCGCUGAGACAGCAGGACUGGCACGACCCGCCCUGGCAGCACCACGGGAGGGAGAGCAAGAUUACAUGAACAACCUGGACUAUCAUGAGAUGAUGUUCAUGUUGCCCCCGCCUUACAAUGCUGCUGGUCGUCCAGCGAGCCAGGGUUCGCUAUCACUUCCCUCCUCUCCGACAACCAAGGGCGUGAAGGUGCGGAAUCGCGAGCUGCACCCGGGGUCCCUGGCCUCUGUCACGGGGGCCAUUUCAGGGAAUGCCGUCGCGUCAUUUCAAGUCGUGCGCCCGACAAGCGCUGCGGUCGGUGCGGUCACAGGUGCGGACGUGUACGCGGAGCUACCCUUGGACACGAGUCCGAUUUUCCGGUUUUCGCGACACUGCCGUGUAACCUUUAGCGAUCAUGAGGUGUUGCUGCCGACGGAAGAAAACGUGUACCAGAAGUUGCAGCAGAAAUCCGCAUCCGGCGCGCUGCAGGUGCUGGUCGGCCGACAGACAACUGCGGAGAAAGUGGUAGAAGCUUUGGUGAAGAGAGUCGUCGAAGCCGAGGCAGCGGGCCCGGUAUUGGCAAAGUUGGCACAGGAGCUGUGGCGGCAAUUGCAGAACGGUACAGGACAGGUUUUGAGUAGUGCUUCGACAGUUCUCGAGGAUCAUCUUCAAGGCGACACGGUACCAGCCGGGAUCGCGGAACAAGGUAGUCAGGGGGAACAGCAACGACCUGCAGCACGGAUUGCACACGACCAGUCCUCUUCUACGCGACCAGACCGUUUGAACGCGUUGCGUCGCGACGCGCCGGGGCGGCUGCACCAGAACAAGCUCCUUGCCCUCGUCGAGCACAAAAUCGUACUGCAG